AUGGCAAGUUUCCCGAAGUCUGUGGACGAGGUUAAGCAGUGGAUGAUACAAAAUGGGUUUUCGUCCCACGCUUCUACCUUUGAAGGUAAGCUAUAACUAGAGAAUUUGUACAAUAUUAGGUUAACCUGAAUUUCAAGUUUAUUCGUACAAAGCUCAUUUGUUGUCCUUCAGUACAUGCUUAGAUCUGAAUUUUAGGUAGAGAUAUAAUACAACGAUAAAUCAUGUAUUAUUUUAGUUUAUUUUUGUGAGGAUUUCUUUAUUUUCCAAGGUUAUUUUCCUUGAACUUCGCGCUAUCUGUACCAUGUACGACCAUGUACACACUCUGGUAGGAUCUAGAGAGCAUUACCCGUUGUAUUGCAAAUCGGUGCCAUUUUGAAAAAAAAAAAACUAAUUCAUAAGGAAUCCAGAUGAACAGUAAAACCAAAAAUCAAACUCGGGUUUUGGUGAUUAAAUAUUACGAGGAGAUUUGGUUGAUCUCUUUCCAAUGGAAAGAUUCUUGGUUUUGUUCCAAUGCAAAGAUUCUUGGUUUUGGCGGGAACUUCGGUACCAUUCAUGCUAUGCCGUGCUAAGCACACAUAGAUAGGUCUUGCCUAAUACCUAAGUACAAAACUAUCAAGCUUUACCCCACAUUCUUUCGUAUUGAUUCCAAUUGCUCUCUUUUCUUUCAUAAGAGAACGAAAUCGAUGGCGAAGCAAUGCAAUGCUUAACGGAGAAUGCGUUAGUGCAACUGAUACCUGUGGUCGGCCCUAGAAUGAAGUUUAUCAAGCAACUUGAAUCUUUGAAAAAAAACCUCCAGGCCCCGAGAGUAUUGAUGUAGUUGAAGAGGGUACCCCAAUUGCCAAUGAAGAAAUGGAAGUACAAGACAGAAUUCCAGCUGAUACAGAAGUAAAAGCAAGGUUUGAAUCUUAAGUUAUGGUAUAAUAUUGUGCUACAUUAUAAUACUGGAUCAUUAUUUCUAUGACUUGCUUCAACAACCUUGAUAACUUUGUUUUUAUAACUAUUUUUGCAAAACAAUAGUUUAAAAAAAAAAUAAAAGGUGCGGUCGGUUUAUAGCCUUAGAUCUUACAAUCAGUGCUGAGCCUCUGCUUUUUGUGUAAGGUAGUUUAACUGCCUUUUACCAUUACUUUACUCAAUUGAGUAUACAUUCGCUUGUAAGUAGAGACUGUUUUGUAAGAUACAUAAGGACAGUAUAAAUUUGUUUUGUGCCAACAUGGUUGCUGUGUAAGGUGUUUUUGUAAGCCUUUUACCAGUAUCUCUUUUGAGUGCUAUAUUUAAUAGCGCUCAUCAAAGAGGACAGAAAUGAAUUUAUACUUAUUAAAAUUUCAGAAAAAGGAAAAGAACUCAUUCCUUGACGGCUAAGAGAAGACAAAGGCUUGCUCGCAACAAAAGGAAAAGGGAAGAAAGACAAAAGUCAAAAACAGGACUUGAAUUGCUGAUGAGUGAUCUAAAACAGAAAAAUCAGAAUCUGCAUGAAGCAAUAGGAGUAGAAAAGAAAAUGAAAGAAAAGUACUUCGAGAUGUGGAGAGCUUCAGAAAGGAAAAAGAGAAACUAA